GUUUGCGAGAACUCAAAAUGGCUAGAGCUGCUGCUGCUGCUGGGACUAUUGUUGGAGUUGUGUUCCUUUGCCUGAUGAUGAAUAUUGAGAUAGCUAGUGCAGCCACAUAUACAGUAGGAGAUGAUGCUGGCUGGAGCUAUGAUGUGUCCCCAUGGCCCUUGGGCAAGAACUUCAAGGUUGGAGAUGUUCUGGUUUUCAACUACAAGCCAUGGCAACACAACGUUGUGGUGGUAAACCAAGCCGGCUUUGACAACUGCUCGGUGCCACCAGGGUCAAAAACCUACGAUACAGGUGCAGAUAGCAUCCCCGUCGUGAAGGGUUACAAUUUUUUCAUCAGCAGUAUGGGAAAUGAUUGUCACCUCGGAUUGGCAAUGACUCUUUAUGCAGAUUAAAUGGUUUACAAUAUG